UAAGUUAUAAGUAAAGGUGAUGAGGAUACUUUAAUUCUUUUAUCAACUGUUACAUUCACUUCAUUCUCCAUUCCAAACAGUCAACUCAAUGUUACCUCUUCUACUCUUCAUUUCUUUUCUUCUCUAUACACUCUCCAACUCUUCUCCAUUGCCACCAAAUCAAUGCAAUGAAAGCUGCGGAAAGUUGUCCGUACCGUUUCCUUUUCACUUGAACACUUCUUGCUCUUCCGUUUCCAAUGUUUUCAAUCUCUCUUGCUCCAACUCCACCACUCUUUACAUCAACAUCGACUCGCAAACCUAUCGAGUUCUCGAAUUCUACUCCGACGCGAUUCUUGUGGACUUUCCGGGCUCCUCUGCUUGUCGAAGAUACAAUGAUCUUAAAUCUUUUGGUUUCAGAGGAAAUAGUUAUUUUGGGAUUUCGAUAGAUAAUGUUCUUGGCUUGUAUGAUUGUGAAGACUCUUCGCUAUGUAAGGCGGAGUGUGAGACGAUUGACUUGUCUGGAUGCAAUGGAAACGCGGAUGCAUCGCCUUCGUGCUGUUAUCCGCUUUCUGAUCGUAGUUCAUGGGAGUUUGGAGAUGGCUUUUCUGUUUUUUCGAAAUUUGGAUGCAGAGGAUUCGCUUCGUGGGCGGUUUCUCCUGGUUCUAAUAACGGAAAGCGUGGGGUUAAAUUGGAAUGGGCUAUUCCUCGAAAUUUGUCUAAGAUAGCUUGUUCUAACAAUGCAAACACUUUCAAUGCCACUACAGUUAAAGGAGGAGUACGAUGUAAAUGUCAGGAUGGGUUCGUUGGCGAUGGCUAUGCCGGUGGGGCGGGUUGCUUGAAAUCCUGCAUCAAGAAUGGACUGGAAGCAAACGGCACAGACUGCUACACAAAACGACGCAGUGAAAAAACAGUUACAAUUUUAGCUGGAGUUCUCGGCCCAAUAUUUAUAAUUGCCUCCCUGAUAGCACUACUUUGUCUGAUGAAAAAACCUGGCAAAUCGGGCGGAUAUGAUCCUAACCAGGCACAUUUCCAUAGCACAAUCUCAUUCAGAAAAGCCUGCAGGACCCGAUUAUUCAGCUACGAAGAGCUGGAAGAAGCCACAAAAGGAUUUGAAGAUGGUCAGAAACUUGUUCACAGCAGUAAUAGUGGCAGUAUUUAUGCAGGUGUCCUAGGAGACGGUUCACAUAUAGCUGUGCAUAAGGUUCAAUGUCAAGACGAAAGAGACCUAAUGCAGGUCCUAUCAAGGAUUGAGAUUUUAUCCGCAGUUUUACACCGGAAUAUGGCCCGUUUAAUUGGAUGCUGUAUUGACUCUGGCUACACUCCGUUAGUAGUCUACGACUACCCUGCAAAUGGAACACUAGAAGAGCAUUUGAUGCAGGGUAAAGAACAAAAAGUUGGGCUUGAUUGGUACAAGAGACUGAACAUUGCUGCAGAAAUCGCCUGCAUGUUGGCGUUUCUACAGUUCGAAAUAUACCCGUGUGUGUUUCACCAUAAUGUACAAUCGAGCUGCAUAUUUUUAGACGAAGAUUCAUCAGUCCGAAUCGCAGGGUUCAGGUUACUCGAAUCAAAAGAUUCAUACAGAAGCGAUGUGUAUGACUUCGGAGUAGUGCUGCUAGAGCUAAUAACAGGAUCGGAUAGGAAAGAAGUAGCAGCAGUAGCAUUACAGAAGAUAAAAAGCGGAAAGAUCGAAGAAAUAGUGGAUCAAAAUCUGUACUAUCACGAGCAACCAUCGACACGAAAAGAGCAGAUUCAAAGAGUGGCAGACGUAGCAACGAGAUGCGUGUUGUUCGGGGGAGACGGUAAGAUCGGGAUGAUAGAAAUCGCGAGAGAGCUGGUGCAUAUUACGAAAGAGAGUAUCGACGGAGGUAGCAGAAGAGGACCGGCACUUGAAGAGACAUUUUCAAAUUCAAGUCUGCUUCAGAUGAUAUCCAUGUCUCCUGAUUCCAUACAUUUGCCUUAGCAUUUACUCACCAUUACUUAAUUAAUGCCGAGUCCUUUUUCAUAUGCAAGUUAAAAUAUUUGUAGUUGUAAAUCAAACGUAUAUACACAUGCAUGCAUCAUUUUGUUUAACGGGUCUUGCUUGUAUGCAUUUUGUAAGCUAUUCUAAUGGUAUUAUUUGGUGGGUGUGAA